AAGGUUUAAUUUUGAAAACCCUAGCGAUCAGAAAGAGGUCGGCAAAAUCGCCCCACUCGAACAAGCAGCCCAGUGGGGAACGCCGGGAAGCUUUGGAACCAUGGACUCUCAUUCCCCCAACAAAGCCUUAACGAGAACGCGAUUUUCUGAGCUGAACCCGCCACUUUCUAAACCGGUCCUUGAAGCCCUGUCGAAGUCUGGCUUCGAGUUCUGCACGCCGGUUCAAGCUGCCACAAUACCUUUGCUAUGCAGUUUUAAGGAUGUGGCUGUCGACGCUGCCACCGGCUCAGGCAAGACACUGGCAUUUGUCGUUCCACUUGUUGAGAUUCUCCGCCGGUCCUGUUCCAAACCCAAACUUCAUCAGGUAUUUGGAAUAAUUAUAUCUCCCACCAGGGAGCUGUCAUCCCAAAUAUACCAUGUUGCACAACCUUUCAUUAAAACUUUAGCUAAUGUUAAGUCCAUGCUCCUUGUUGGUGGAGUAGACGUAAAGGCAGAUAUGAAAAUUGAGGAAGAGGGAGCUAAUAUAUUGAUUGGCACACCUGGGCGGCUAUAUGACAUAAUGGAUCGAAUGGAUAUAUUGGAUUUUAAAAGCCUCGAGAUUUUAAUUUUAGACGAGGCUGAUAGACUCCUGGAUAUGGGAUUCCAGAAGCAGAUUAAUUCCGUUAUAUCUCUCUUACCAAAGCUUCGCAGAACAGGUCUAUUCUCUGCUACUCAAACUGAGGCUGUUGAGGAGCUUUCUAAAGCCGGGCUGAGAAAUCCUGUGAGGGUUGAAGUUCAGGCAGAGUCAAAAUCAGUAAAUGACCCUGCAGCAUCACAACAGCCAGUCUCUUCAAGGACGCCAGCAGGACUUCAAAUUGAGUACAUGGAAUGUGAGGCUGAAAAGAAACCAUCACAACUUGUUGAUAUCUUAAUGAAGAACCGCUCCAAGAAAAUGAUAAUAUACUUCAUGACCUGUGCCUGUGUUGACUAUUGGGGACUUGUCCUUCCUCGCCUUCCUGCCCUGAAAGGUUUCUCCUUAAUCCCUCUUCAUGGAAAGAUGAAGCAGGCUGCUAGGGAGAAGGCAUUGGCGUCAUUUACAUCUCUUUCAAAUGGGAUACUUCUAUGCACAGAUGUUGCAGCACGUGGACUUGACAUACCUGGAGUUGAUUGUAUAGUGCAGUAUGAUCCGCCGCAAGACCCUAAUGUUUUCAUACAUAGAGUUGGGAGAACUGCUCGGCUGGGUAAACAAGGACAUGCUAUUGUCUUCUUAUUGCCAAAGGAAGAAUCUUAUGUGGAAUUCCUUCGUGUAAGAAGAGUCCCCCUCCAAGAGAGAAGUUCCUCUAAUGAUGCAUCUGAUGUUGUUCCUGAGCUUCGUUCUGCUGCCAAAAAGGAUCGUGAUGUAAUGGAGAAAGGACUUAGGGCAUUUGUUUCUUAUAUACGUGCUUAUAAAGAGCAUCACUGCUCCUAUAUUUUUAGGUGGAAAGAACUUGAAAUUGGUAAGUUGGCCAUGGGAUAUGGCUUACUGCAGCUUCCUUCAAUGUCAGAGUUAAAACAGCAGUCACUUUCCACGGAAGGUUUUGUACCAGUUGAAGACAUUAAUUUGGAGGACAUUAAGUACAGGGAUAAAUCUCGUGAAAAACAAAGGAGGCAAAACUUGCAAGCUAAGAAAGAAGCCAAAGACAAAGAGGCAAAGCCUCAGAAACCCACCAAAACCGCCAAAGCGGCCCCUGUAACAAGGAAGAAAACAGCUAAACAGAGACGUGCUCAGCAGUCAGUUGAAGAUGAUGAUGAGCUUAUGCGAGAAUAUCGGCUGUGGAAAAAAUUGAAGAAAGGAGCUAUAGAUGAGAAUGAGUAUGACAAGUUAACGGGCACUGAAGAAUUAAUUUGAGCUUUCAAAGCCCAUGCCUUUCAUGCUGAUCAGGACAUCAUGUGGUGCUGAUGGGAUUUAAAAGAUAUAUGUACAAGUACUGAGAGAUGUAUCUAAAAUCCACAAAUAUUGCCGGGGCAUUACAGCAUCCAUUAAUUGGCUCUCCAGGCAUUAUCUGAAGGAUCAUGGAUAUAUCUUUUGAUGAUGUUUGGAUCACUUUGAAGAUGAUGAUCAUUCGGAUGGGGAUUCAAUGGACAGAAGGACAAUGACACACACAGCUACGAAAUCCAGAAAUAUUUAUCAAGUGACAAGUUGGGUGAGGGAUUCCCGGGGGGGCCUAUCAAGGAUCAGCCCUAAUGAUAAACUCCAUCCAAAAUAUAAAUGUCUUAUAUUGUCAGCAAAAUGUGUCAAUCAUUUUGUUGAGAUAUAGUUUGUUUAAUACUUUUCCAGUGUCAGAUUUAUUAGAAAGCAAGCAUUAAAAGAAAGUAGUCUAGCCCUGGGGAUAAUUUAACUAUGCUAGCAUCUUCUCCAUCAGAAAUUUGUACGUUGUCUUUCUUUGGAAGCUAUCUGAAGCAAUACUGCCAGUAAUCUGAGGCUAAGCUUGCCAAGGUUUGAGAUUUGAACUCGCUGAAAGCAAUUGACUA